CUUGAAACAACAACCAAAAGAGGCAAUCGGCCCUUUAUUUGGUUAGAAAUGAGAACUGUUAUGAUCUCCCUUUGCAUUCUUGCAACUGGUCUUGGUAUAAGCCUUGUGGUAAUUCUCAGCAUGAAGAACCAGAAAGAUCCUCAACAAUUAGCUCUUGAAAAUUUAUGUUUGACAAAAGAUUGCGUUAAAGCAGCGGCAAGACUGAUGGAUGCAAUGAAUACCAAGGUAGACCCAUGUGAUAACUUUUAUGACUUUGCCUGUGGAAGUUGGAAAAGACUGAAUCCAAUUCCAGAAGAUAGUUCCAGUUACAGCACAUUUGAACAACUUAGGAAUCAACUACAGUCCUUACUUAAAGAUCUCCUUGAAUCUGAAAUCUCAGAUGAAGAAAAUAUUUCAAUCCAAAAAGCCAAAAUACUUUAUUCUUCUUGCAUGAAUAAAAGUUUAUUGGAAGACAGAGAUUUGUCUCCUUUAAGGAUAUUCCUGGAUGAACUUGGUGGUUGGCCUGUGGUUGAUAUCAAUUGGAACGAAAGUAAUUUUAACCUCUACAGUCUGAUGUCAAAACUACGCUUGUACAACAACAACAUUUUUGUAUAUAUGUGGGUUUCUACGGAUGAGAAAAACUCCAGUACCAAUAUUAUCCAAAUUGAUCAAGGUGACCUUGGAAUGCCUUCAGCUGACUAUUUUACUUCAAAAGAACAUGAAGACAAAUUGAAUGCCUACAAGAAAUUUGCUGAGAAUGUUGCAAUUACAUUAGGAGCCACUUCUUCCGAGGCUGAAAAGCAAAUAGAAGAAGCGAUUAAACUUGAAAUCCAAAUUGCAAAUAUCACGGAGCCAAGUGAAGGCCGAAGAGACUAUGAAACUAUGUACAAGAAAUUCACCAUUGAAGAACUGACAAAUAAAUUACCUGAGUUUGAUUGGUUAAAAUAUCUAACAGAGACAUUUAGUGCAGCCAACAUCACCCUCACCACUGAACAGCCUGUUGUUGUUUACGCCUUGGACUUUCUAACAAAUCUCGUUCAAAUCUUAAAAGUAACUCCCAAAAAGACUCUGGCUAACUAUCUGGUAUGGAGGAUUAUUAUGAAUCGGGUUAACAAUUUACCCAAAAAAUACAGGGACAUGAAGAAGGAUUACCACGAGAGAAUCUUUGGUCAGCAAAGUGAGACACCAAGAUGGCGGGAAUGUGCAACAUUUGUGGCAGACAACCUGGGAAAUGCUAUUGGACGGCUUUUUAUCGCAAAUUACUUUGACGAAGAAGCUAAGAAAAGUGCCAAAGAAAUGAUCCACAACAUCCGAGAAGCUUUUAAUGAACUUCUACAUGAGGUAGAAUGGAUGGACAGCAGUACGAUAGAAGUGGCACAAGAGAAGGCAAAUGCCAUUGUUGAAAGAAUUGGAUACCCACCUUACAUACUUAAUGACACAGUCUUAACGAAUAUGUACUAUCACGUCGACUACCAAGCAGAUUUUUAUUUUGAAAAUGUACUGACCACUAUCAGAUGGAAUGCUAUGAUUAACUUAAAACAACUUGGACAACCAGUGGACAAUGAAGAAUGGUUAACACCACCAGCUGUUGUCAAUGCCUUUUAUAGUUCCACAAAGAAUGAAAUAUUAUUUCCUGCUGGCAUUCUACAACCACCAUUUUACAGUAAAGGCUAUCCAAAAUUUAUGAACUAUGGUGGAAUUGGAAUGGUAAUUGGUCAUGAAAUAACCCAUGGUUUUGAUGACAAAGGAAGACAAUAUGACAAAGAUGGUAACUUGAAACAAUGGUGGGAUGAUGUCGUGAUUGAACGCUUCAAGAACCAGACUCAAUGUAUGAUAGAACAGUAUGGUAAUUACUUGGUCCCAGAGGCUAACAUGAAUUUAAAUGGUAUAAUUACCCAAGGUGAGAAUAUUGCAGACAAUGGUGGUUUGAAGCAAGCAUUUCGGGCCUAUGAACAUUGGAAGAAGAAAACAGGAGGUAAAGAACAAACACUGCCAGGUCUCUCCUCCUAUACUCCCGAACAAAUGUUUUUCCUCAAUUUUGCCCAUGUUUGGUGUGGUUCAAUGCGUCGAGAAGCUGCCAUUAAUCGAAUUCAGACAAACCAUCACAGUCCAGGAAGAUUUAGAGUCAUUGGUCCACUGCAGAAUUCUCCAGAAUUUUCUCAAGUCUUCAACUGCAAACAAGGAUCCUAUAUGAAUCCAGAGCAGAAAUGUACAGUAUGGUAGUGUGAGAGUGGAUGAUGCUAAAUUUGUGUGGAGUAAUGUAUUGGAUGGUAAUGUGAGUAGGUGGGUGGAGUUAUAUCUGUAUUAGAGUGUGUAAAAUAUGGUAAUGUGGAUGGGUGGAGUUAUGUUUGUAUAAAGUUAUGUAUAGUAUAAAAGUAUGGGUGGAGCUAUAUCUGUGUCGAUACAAUGAGGGUGGGUGGAGUUAUGGUAGGUGGUGUUAUGGUAGGUGGUGUUAUGGUAGGUGGAGUUAUGGUAGUGUGGUAGGUGGAGUUAACUCUACAUAUGUUUAUGUAGAGUUGUGUACAGUAUGGUUGUGUGUGUGGACUGAGUUGUAUCUGUGUAGAGCUGCUGUACAGAAUGGUAGUGUGGCUGGAGCUACACCUAUACAGUUGUUGUUAUGGUGGGGAGAGUUAUAUCUGUGUGGUGUUGUGUAUAAUAUGAUAAUGUGGGUGGAUGGAGUUAUACCUGUAUAGAGUUGUGCACAAUAUGGCAGUGUAAGAGGAGUUAUAUCUGUGUGAUGUUUGUGUACAGUAUGGUAAUGUAAGUGGAAUUAUAUCUGUGUGGUGUUUGUGUAUAACAUGAUGGUGUGUGUGUGUGUGGAGUUAUAUCUGGAUAGAGUAGGUGUGCAGCAUAGGAUGGAGUUAUAUAUCUGUUGUCUGUUGAUGUUGAUGUUUCAACACUGCUUCCUUCUUCAUCCAUGAGUUUCGUACAUCUGGAGGAUUUGUGUAUCUUUAGUUGUAUAAUGGUCUGUGUUACCUCUCACAAUUGACUCUACCUCUCUCACUCUAUCACCCCCAGCAGUGGACUGUUUGUGCAACUUUCAACAUAUUUUAACACAACGUAAAUCUUAAUAUACAUGUCUGUGUGUGUGUGUACAUUCGUGUGAGUGUGUAUACAAGAGCACUGUAUACAUUAUUAUUAUUAUUAUUAUUAUUAUCAUUCAAUUGUUAUUCUUCAUUUUAAC